AUGAGUUACUCAGUCUCAGCAGCGCAAUUAUGGUCACGAAAACUGGCGAUGCAAGCAGAAGACAUGCAAUUGAGCCAAAAGAACACCAACAGCCGUAUUUUAAAUGUAUUGGGAGACAUGAAAGCACUACAAGAAACUACAAAUCAAAACAUCGAUCAAAAUUUCAAUUCUGUUACUCAAAAUCACAAUCAAGUUUCCUCUUACAUGUUUCAAACAUUAAAUAACUUUCAAACUUUUCUUCAGAAGAUCAUGGAAGAACAACAGAAAAACAGUCUGCACAUGGAAACCAUGGAAAAAGAUAUCGUCGAUUUAAAAGCUCAACUCGGAACCAUCCAAAGAGAGCAAGAAAAUGGUUUUAAAACUUUGGAGAAGCAUAUGAAAGAGUCAAUGACCAUGAUGAAACAAGUGACAACAAAAGAACAAAAACGCAAAACUACUACUCAGUUAAAACCUGUUCAUACAAAUCAAACAUCAGCAGCGAAAAGAAACGCUACUUCAAUGAGGAAACGGGUACUAGCUUUGGACUUUUUAGCUGAAGAUGACUACUAAACAAUGACCACCCUUUACGCUACUUCAUCAUACAGAUAAUCAAGAAAAAUGUCAAUGGC